AUAGUCCAAAUUCCUACUUUCACUGCAGUCCUUAAAUGCAGCAUAAGAGCCGCCCAGCUCUACCGGAUUUCAGCCGGUAGUUAGUCGGUCUUUGCCAGUGACAGUCAUCCCUUAAACCUUCGGGACCCCCUGGAUUUUCCACCUGUCUCACACCUGUACAUUGUGUUUAUGACAGGGUGGGAUGAAGCGGGAAGUAAACGACAUUUAGGAGUAGUCUAAAUGACUGCUGUGCAACAGGCAACUGGGCUGCAAACUCACUAAAGGCUCAUCGGCUUUGGAGGAACUGUUGCACAAAAUCCCGCUGCGAUGUCCCUGCUGUGUGUCAGAGUGAAGAAAGCCAAACUACACGGGCCUCCAGACAAGUUCAACGCCUACGUAACUUUAAAAGUGCAAAAUGUGAAGAGCACCACCAUCACAGUCCGUGGGGAUAAGCCAUGUUGGGAACAAGACUUCAUGUUUGAGAUCAAUCAUCUGGAGUCAGGCCUGGUAGUGGAGCUGUGGAAUAAAGGUUUGAUCUGGGACACUAUGAUCGGCACAGCACUGAUACCCCUGGACACUAUACAACAAUCUGAUGAGGAGGGACCAGGAAAGUGGACAUCUCUUGACUCUGAGGUGUUAAUGAGGGAGGACGAGAUCUGUGGGACCAGCAACCCAACUCCACACCAAGUGCUGCUGGACACCCGCUUUGAAGUGCCCUUCGAUAUCCCAGAAGACGAGGCUCAGUACUGGACCAGUAAACUGGAGCGGAUCAACACCAUGCGGAUACACGAUGAGUAUCCACUGCAGGAAGAGGUCCAGAGAAGACCAAUGGCAUCUGUACCCUCUCAGUGCUCUUUUGAGGACCAUGAUAGUGCAAUGGAUGACCGCGACAGUGACUACCGCAGUGAAACUGGCAACAGACCUCCACGGUUCCACAACACCUCCCAGACAAAUUCAUCAGUGCACCAAUACCCUAUAGGACGCAGGGUCCUACAUCAAACCUUGUCCAGGGAGUCUGACUCUAUACAAAGCUAUGAGCUAGACUAUAGAGAAAUGAGGGGGCGCAGUCCACCGGACAGCAGUCGCUUUGAUUCAUCAGGCAACCUCAGCCCAGCCAGCUCCCAGCUCAGCUCUGAGCCUGAGGAGCGCCGAGAUCCCAGCGGGCCCCGUCCCCCUCUCAACAGUCAGCCAUCUACCUGGGACGAGGAAGAAGAGCAGGAGGAAGAGGUUGCUAAAGAGCUUCAUCCACUACCAGAGUCUGGUUCCAACAAAGAUUUGAAGGACUCUUCAGUCAUCCUGCCUAAGACAUCAUUGGACAACCAAGAAAACAAGACUCAGACCAAAAUGUGCUUCUUUGAAGAUGGCCCUCCACCCUGCUCUCCAUCCAAAGUUCGCUGGCUGAAAGCAUACAACAAAGUGAGAGUACAGCUCCUCGAGAGUCGAGAUCAAGAUGGUGACCCUAGCAAGCACCCAUGGGCCAAGCCAGGGGGAAACACACCGUUUGGCAUUGACAGCAUGCCAGACCUCCGCAAAAGGAGGCCCAUUCCUCUUGUUAGUGAACUGGCUAUGUCUAUGAUACAGUCCAGGAAAGCUGGACUCGCCCACACACUGGCCACUCGGACCUCCCUGAAAGACGAAGAGCUUAAAAACCAUGUGUACAAGAAGACCCUGCAGGCUCUGAUCUACCCAAUCUCCUGCACCACGCCACACAAUUUUGAGGUCUGGACGGCCACCACACCCACCUACUGCUACGAGUGCGAGGGCCUUCUGUGGGGCAUUGCCCGGCAGGGUAUGCGUUGUGCGGAGUGCGGGGUCAAAGUGCAUGAGAAAUGUCAAGAGCUACUGAAUGCUGACUGCCUGCAGAGAGCGGCUGAGAAAAGCUCCAAAACUGGGGCGGAGGAUCGGACACAGCACAUCAUCAUGGCUAUGAAGGACAGGAUGAAGAUCCGUGAGAGGAACAAGCCAGAAAUAUUUGAGGAGAUCCGGAAGGUGUUCAACGUCACCAAGAUGAGCCACGUCCAGCACAUGAAGAGCAUCAAGCAGAGCGUUCUGGACGGCACCUCCAAGUGGUCAGCCAAGAUCACCAUCAACAUCGUCAGUGCACAGGGUCUCCAGGCCAAGGACAGGACGGGCUCAAGUGACCCAUAUGUCACGAUCCAAGUUGGGAAGACCAAGAAGAGAACAAAAACCAUCUACGGCAACCUGAACCCAGUCUGGGAGGAAAAGUUCAGCUUCGAGUGCCACAACUCAUCGGAUCGGAUCAAGCUGCGGGUUUGGGAUGAAGACGAUGACAUCAAGUCGCGAGUGAAGCAGCGUCUGAAGAGGGAAUCUGAUGACUUCUUGGGUCAGAGCAUCAUCGAGGUUCGAACUCUGAGCGGAGAGAUGGAUGUCUGGUACAACCUGGAAAAGAGAACAGACAAGUCGGCGGUGUCUGGUGCCAUUCGACUACAGAUUAGUGUGGAGAUCGAGGGAGAGGAGAAGGUGGCACCCUACCAUGUACAGUACACGUGCUUACAUGAGAACACAUUCCACUUCUCGACUGAUGUAGAGGGAGGCGGCGUGGUGAAGAUUCCAGUGGCUCAGGGAGAUGAUGCGUGGAAGGUUUACUUUGAUGAGGUGCAGCAGGAAGUGGUGGAUGAAUUCGCCAUGCGCUAUGGCAUUGAGUCCAUAUACCAGGCCAUGACCCAUUUCUCUUGCCUGUCGUCUAAGUACAUGCUGUCAGGGGUGCCAGCAGUGAUGAGCACCCUGCUGGCCAACAUCAAUGCCUUCUACGCCCACCCCACCGCCUCCACCAACGUCUCUGCUCCGGCCAGAUUUGCAGCCUCCAACUUCGGGAGAGAUCGUUUUGUGAAGCUCCUGGAUCAGUUGCACAACUCCCUGCGCAUCGACCUCUCCAUGUACAGAAACAACUUCCCAGCCAGCAGCAAGGCUCGCCUCCAUGACCUCAAGUCAACAGUGGAUCUACUCACCAGCAUCACCUUCUUCAGGAUGAAGGUCUUGGAGCUGCAGAGUCCUCCCAGAGCCGCCAACGUGGUGCGGGACUGCGUCAAAGCCUGCCUGAACUCCACCUACGAGUACAUCUUCAACAACUGUCUGGAGCUCUUUAACCGCCAGUUCCAAUCCGCCGUCCAGCCACCUGAGCCAGUGAAGAAAAAGAAGAAGAAGAAGAAGGAAAAAGUGGAAGGAGAGGAAGAGGAGGAGGAGGAGGAUGAUGAUGAAGAGGAGGAGGAGGAAGAGGAAGAGGAGGAGGAGAAGAAAGAGGAGAGCCAGCAGGAGGAGCAGGGCCCGAGCAUCCAGAAUCUGGACUUUUGGCCUAAACUCAUCACGCUCAUCGUCUCCAUCAUUGAGGAGGACAAGAACUCCUACACGUCCGUCAUUAACCAGUUUCCUCAGGAACUCAGUGUGGGUAAAGUCAGCGCUGAGGUCAUGUGGAUGCUGUUCGCUCAGGACAUGAAAUACGCCCUGGAGGAACAUGAGAAGCAUAGGCUCUGCAAGACAGCUGACUACAUGAACCUGCACUUCAAGGUCAAGUGGCUUUACAACGAGUAUGUAAAGGACCUGCCCACCUUCAGAGACGCUGUGCCUGAGUACCCUGCGUGGUUUCUCCAGUUUGUCCUGGCAUGGCUGGCUGAGAACGAGGAGGUGUCGAUGGAGUUUAUGCAUGCGGCGCUGGAGAGAGACAAGAGAGAAGGGUUCCAGCAGACGUCUGAGCAUGCUCUGUUCUCCAGCUCGGUGGUGGACAUCUUCACUCAGCUCAACCAGAGCUUUGAGAUCAUCAAGAAGCUGGACUGCCCUGACCCCACUGUGGUGGGCCAGUAUAACCGACGCUUUGCCAAGACGAUCACCAAAGUGCUGCUGCAGUACUGUGCCCUGCUGGCCAAGAGCUUUCCCUCCUACUGUGAGAAGGAGAAGAUACCCUGCGUGCUGAUGAACAACAUCCAGCAGAUGAGGGUCCUGUUGGAGAAGAUGUUUGAGUCGAUGGGAGCAAAACAGCUGGAUACAGAGGCAGCUGAGAUCCUCAACGAGCUGCAGGUGAAACUCAGCACCGUCUUGGACAACUUCAGCACCAUGUUUGCAAAGAGUUUCCAGACUCGUAUCAACGGCUGCAUGCGUCAGAUGGCUGAGAUCCUCUACCAGAUCAAAGGCCCACCCAAUCACAACACUGCAGAGGCAGAUGCUGACAAUAUGUUGCGGCCCCUCAUGGAGUUCCUGGAUGGGAAUCUCAGUGUCUUUGCUGACAUCUGUGAGAAGACUGUGCUGAAGAGGAUCCUCAAAGAUUUGUGGAAGAUCGUCCUGAGCAGCCUGGAAAAGACCAUCGUCCUGCCCCAGAGCAACGACAGCCUGGGUGCCCAACUCCUCACAGCAGCUAAAGGUCUUUCUAAUCUCAAGGGAGGUGGUGAAGCCAAAACCUUGACGCCCAAACAGUGUAUAAUUAUUGAUGCAGGGCUGGAGACGAUCAAGCAAUACUUCCACGCAGGGGGAAACGGUCUGAAGAAGGCAUUUGUCGAGAAAAGUCCUGAACUGGCUUCACUGCGUUACGCCCUCUCCCUCUACUCCCAGAGCACUGAUGCUCUCAUCAAGACUUUUGUCACCACACAACACUCCCAAGUGCACGAUGGGAUGGGCAUCAGAAUCACUGGCAAUGAGAAGAUUCGACCUGACAGGGGCUCGGGGAUAGAGAAGCCCAUCGGAGAGGCCAUUCUGCAGAUCGACAUGAUGCUCGGGAAGGAGCGUAAAGUCAAUGUCAGAGUCAUCGCAGCGAACGAAAUGAAGUGGCAGACGUCAGGGAUGUUCCGGCCAUUCGUUGAAGUCUCCAUGGUCGGCCCUUUCCUGGCCGACAAGAAGCGCAAGUUCACCACAAAAUCCAAGAACAACAGCUGGUCGGCAAAGUUCAACGAGGCUUUUCAGUUUGUCCUGGGUAAGGAGUCCCCAGACUGCUAUGAGCUCCAAGUGACCGUGAAGGAUUACUGCUUUGGCCGGGCAGAUCGGGUGGUCGGCAUGGCUGUGGUUCAGCUGCGUGACGUCGCUGACCGCAAGAGCUGCGUGUGCUGGUGUCCCCUUGGACCGCGGAUUCAAACGGACGAGACGGGCAUGACGGUGAUGCGUAUCCUGUCCCAGCGGCCUGCUGACGAGGUGGCCAAGGAGUUUGUCAAGCUGAAAUCUGAAACUCGUCCUGUGGAGGAGGGCAGAUGAGCAGAGACAGACUCCAGAUCAGAGAUUUGUUGGAAAUGGUGAGAAUGUGAAACUGACAUGGAUUAGGUCAGGGUUUAGAGUCAGGGCUCGUUCACGGCUUUGUCUGGUGUUUACGGGCACUGUCAUCUUCAUCCUCAGUCAACACAGACCAUUAAAGCCUUUGUCUGAUAUUCAGCAUGGAGCACAUCCUUCAAAAGUAGACACGAGGAAGUUGACUAUUUGUUAUGGUAAGAAAGAAAUGUAUUUAAUUCGAAACAUACUUUUUGAAAAGAAGCCGCUUCUCAAAAUGUUGAAAAAGUAUUACAUUUAACCACAAUCAGCACCAAUAUCAUUACUAUGGAGGGGCAUGUGGGUUUUUAAUCUCCACUCAGUGAUAGAAA